UCUGAUCAAGCUCAAGUGUGUUUGUGCUUUUGCAUUGUGCUAUAUUUAUUCACUUCCGAUCAAUCCUUCAUGUCAAUCACCAACUGCUCAGCUCCCCCUCCCUCGCAAAGCUCGCCCGUUUGGUACUGACACCUGGUCUCUUGAAGAUCGGCUUGCCUGCCUUGCUCAUGUGCAAAAGCAGCCCAGCCAGCCCACAGAAAAUACUCGAAAGCGACCUGGUAAGGGACCUGCGCUGCUCCUCCUUCUUCCAAGCCGGUGGUGACUUCGACCGAGGCUUGCACUAUGUGGUCGUGAGCUGCUUCAUGCCAGCUUCGUUCAUGCGCCUCGUCGCAACGCAGCGUGCGGCUUCGGCUGACCAGGACCCGGCACCGGUUUGCCAGCUUGCUCAUUGUGGUCACGACAGCAAUUAGGCUGGUUGGGACCAUGUAUCGGGCAGAAUCGAAUGUGGUGGCGCCUGCCAUCCACCAGCUUGAGCGCUCGCGUUCUGAGCAUCGUCGGGGUUGUCAAAGGCGACGUAAGCCGUGGGUGCUGGUCUGGAUCACAGCCCGGACGAGCAGAUGUGAUGCUGAUGUGGAUGCUGCGCGGACGAGCAGGUAUAAUGCUGAUGUGGACGUCAGCUCGGACGAGCAGGUAUGACGCUGAUGUGGACGUCAGCCCGGACAAGGAGGACACAAAGCUUUGUGUCGUCGUUGUGCUUGGAAGAGGUCCUGCUCGAUGUCCCGUUCAUGCUGUGUUCGCAGUCGGUGGAUUUGCUCUUUCAGUUGCUGAAUCUGACCUGUGCAGCUUGCGGAACUUCUGUUGGCUGAGCAUGUUGAACGACAGGAGACGACGCAGGGUAUGGGGCGGGCAUCUAGUUCGCCUUGCGUUGGAUGCCAGCAACUUCCCCUUCUCCUCGAGGUAGUAUGUCGGAUCUUGACACAUCUUGGCGAAGUUGGUACCGGCGAGUGGAACCUACAUGUAGCAGCUUCCCCUUCUCCUCGAGGUAGUAA